AUGGGGGCCCCCAGCGCAGAAGGCGGCGCGGGCCCUCAGACGGUGAGCUACGCGGCCUUCCAGAAGGUGUGCACGCAGGCGGGCUUCGUUGAGCAGAGGCCUGGCGCCGACCUCAAGGGGCUCUUCCUAUUCCUCGCGGCCGCCUUCCUGGGCGAUUCGGCGGGCCGGCUUGGCGGGGGGUUCUUGAGCCGCGCCGCCUGGUCGGCGCUCGGGGGCUUUAGCUCCCGGGCCGUGACGGGCAGCCCCGCCAGGUUGCGGCGCGUCUUGGAGGAGCGAUAUGGCGACCUCGACCGAGCCUUCCAGCACAUGCACACCGCCUGGCUCCGACGCGCACUGUCCGAGGGUCUGCGGCGAGCGGCGCUGGAGGGUAUGGCCCGGGCGUUGCGGCGUUGGGAGGACCGAGUGCCGCCCGGACGCCGCCGGGUCGCGCGACGAGGAGCGCGGCGACGGCGGGCCGACCGCUGGGCAUCCACCCGGCCGCCGCGCGGCGCGGCCGCCGCGCCGCGGAGCGGCGUGCUGCCGCCCCUGGCCGCAGCUGGGGGCAGGUCUUUAGGGUGA